AGAAAAGGGACGGUAGGUGUGGGAUGGCUAUCCAUCCUUUGAAGCCGAUGUCUACAAAUUUUGAGCCGCCGAAGAGCAAAUAUGAGUUUAUAGACUUCAGAGCCAAUAGCAUCGGCUCACUGUGCUCCAGUUGAACCCAAUGCUUGGACCGUGCCAAUACGGAUCAUUGUCUCCUAUGGACCCCACCUCUCCUGGCCAAUUAGCUUCAGAGUGCGAUAGUUAUGACAGCUUUGCCCUCCAUGGGCUCCUUUCCUAAGUCUCUCAUUUCGUCAUGACUGCUUCAGCUUGACCGAAUUGCCACCGUUUUGCAUUUUUGGAGGAAUUUCGUACUCAUGAUUGGGCCAUCAAAAUCGGUCGUGGUCAUCUUUGCCGUUUGCUGGUUCACAAUGUGUUGCGCUUCCAAAUCAAACUUGCACGCAGAACGUCAUGACCUCCUCAACAGUACUCCGAAGCAUCAUUGCUCACCAUAAGAGAACCCUCUCCAGCUGUUCCCUUAGCUCUUGUAGACCUCUUCAAACCAUCCAGACGACGUCAAGAGGAAUUCCUCUAGCUUGUUUAAACACUCAUCCAUCGUUGAGAAUGGCGUCCACCAGCGCCAACGCCAAGUUCACCCGUGAUGCCCUCUUCGACCUGAAGGGUAGAGUCGCCCUCGUCACUGGUGGAGGAUCUGGGAUUGGCCUGAUGGCUACUCAAGCUCUCGUCGCAAACGGCGCCAAGGUGUACAUCACCGGCCGCACCAAGGAGAAGCUCGAGACCGUUGCCCAGAAAUACUCUCAAGGAUCCGAUUCGAUCAUCCCGCUCGAGUGCGACAUGGGCGACAAGUCGCAGAUUGACAGCCUCGUCAAGGAGAUGUCCUCGCGCGAGAAGUGCCUAUGCAUCCUCAUCAACAACGCUGGCAUCAGCAGCAAGACAUUCCAGACCGAGUCCAGCUCCGCCGACGAGAUGAAGUCGAACCUCUUCGACAACGAGGAUUCAACAUUCCAAGAUUGGAGCGAGACCUACAACACGAAUGUUUCGUCAGUCUUCUUCACAACUACCGCAUUCUUGCCUCUUCUCCAGAAGAGCAGUGAGUUGCAUCCGGGCUGGUCGAGCACCGUCAUCAACAUCAGCUCCAUCAGUGGUAUGGUCAAGACCGCUCAGCACCACUUCGCCUACAACGCAUCGAAGGGCGCCACCAUCCACCUCAACCGACUCCUCGCAGCCGAAAUCGCUAGCAGUGGGCUAAAGAUUCGCGUGAACUCCAUCGCACCAGGUGUGUUCCCUAGCGAGAUGACGUCGGACGGCAGCGGUGAAGACCAAAAAAGCCAUAUUCCAAAAGACAAAUACGCCGAAAAAGUGCCGGCGUCGCGUCCUGGUAAAGAUGAGGAUAUGGCACAGGCGGUACUGUUCUUCGCUGCCAAUCAGUACUUGAAUGGCCAGACAUUAGCGGUGGAUGGUGGCUACACGCUUGCGGCAGGUCUGUAGGUGGAAUCCUGCGACAAGGACAUCGAGAUCGAGGAUGUUAGUGAGCAACGCAACGGUAGUGCACGUGGUCUCCGAACUGAUCGGAUAAAGAAAGCGUGGCGCCGUUUCCAUAGAAAUCAUAUCGACAUGAAGGAAUGAGACGAGAACAAUUGCAAAUUACUUAGUUUGGAACAGAG